AUGACCAAUCAAGGAGUACCUAGGGAUUGGGAGCAUUUUAAGACUACUUUCCUGGAUAAGUAUUUUCCUAGCUCCUUGAGAACUCAGAAAGAAUUUGAGUUUCAGCAGCUUAGACAGGGUACUAUGACAAUAGUUCCGUAUGCUGAGAAGUUUGAAGAUAUGGCUGCUUAUUCUAGACAAGCCGCGUACGCACCAGAUGAGAGGUGGAAGAUUGAUCAGUUUGUUUUUGGUCUAAGGGGUGAAAUUUCUCAUAGUGUUUCUCAAAGGGAAUUCACUACUUACGUUGAAUUAUUAAGGCAAUGCUAUGUGGAUGAGAACAGUUUGAAGAAAGUUCAAGAAGAAAUGGAUCAAUAUAGGAGUGGACAGAGAGACCAAGGGAGGCCAGGUAGCCAAUUUAUGCCUAGACCUCAGGCUUUCAAAGGAAAACAGGUGGAACAUGCAAGACCUAACCAUCCUCCUCAAUGUCAAGUAUGUAAGAAGUCUCAUUUUGGAAGAUAUGAUGGAAGUGGAAUUAGGUGUUUUACUUGUCAGAGAGAGGGUCACAUGUCUAGGGAGUGUCCCCAAAAUAAGAAUCAGAUGCAGGGGAGGAAUACUGGUCGAGUUUAUACUUUGGAUGCAAGGAAGGCUAAGAGCAACAAUGCCUUAAUUGCUGGUACGUGUCUCGUCAAUGAUCACCCUUGUUUUGUAUUGUUUGAUUAUGGGGCGACACACUCAUUUGUAUCAAUUCAAUGCAUGAAGCGUCUUGGCUUACAAGAAAUUCCCUUGUCUCCUCCUAUGAUGGUUACUACCGCCAUGGAUGAUGUGGUUGAGAAACUAUGGAUUUGUGAAAAUUGUUCGCUCUCGGUGAAUGGUAGAAUUUUUCAGAUUGAUCUUAUUUGUUUACCACUUAAGAAGGUUGACGUGGUUUGGGGGAUGGAUUGGCUUUCUGCCAAUUCGGUGUUUAUUGGAUGUGAAGAGAAGUUGAUUAUCAUUCUGUAA